AUGCAGUCAGCCCUGUUCGAUGUAUCAUCCUGCCGAAGCAGUGCGACUUCUUUUCAAUGCGGCACCUAUGCCAUCAACGUCGAAGAUACCGACCUUGUGCUGCUUUGCGGCUGUCAACGUCGUGUUGAUAAGGAUAUGUCGCACAUAGAAUGGAAUCCAGAGCGAGACUUCUACAUCAGCGUCAACCAUGGAAAGCUACAAACUAACCGUGGAAAGAAAUGGAACGAACUGUGGCCAAAAGAAAAAAAACCACCCCCACGACCCUAUCCACUCCCGCACUACCACCUCACCCCACUACCCGAACAUCCUCUCGGCGCAGCCAACCACCGCCGCCUACCAACCUACUUCUCCUCGUCAGAGCACCGAUGGGCCUCCUUCCUCCAAACGUACGACCACCCUCGUCUCCCCACCCCUACACUACACCUCCGAACACCACUCCGCACGACGACACCGCGCUCCUUCCAGCCACUAAAACUAUGGAGCCUCGACGUUCGUGGCUCUUCACCGCCCCGACCGACCACAACUCCCCACCUCAUCCAAGGCCAUGUCCCCACCCCCGCGACGUUCAGCCUUGAUGAACCCGACACAGCACCAGCGGUGUCCGACUUCCAUGGCCCCUGCUCUGCCUUGCAACCCCGUCCCACCUUGGUGUAUGCUCUGCCUGCAUCGUCCAGCGAUGGCGGUCAUGGGGAGGCGCUGGAUCCCGGUGAUAUCUUCCGUGAGAUGCCCUUGUUCCCUACACAUACCCCUAGCCCCCGGCACCGCCUCAAUCGUCGGAUCCGGUCGCCACUGGCCCCUGGCAUGGCCCUCCUGCUGACCACCACCACUAGUGGGAUCCUCCUCCACCUCCCUCCUUCCCGCACUUGUGCGCCUUGGUGGUCGCCGAAUCUAGGCGCCUCCAUCUUCCCCAGGUCAUCGACUUCCCUUGUCUCAUGCUCGUUGCCGGAUCUGGGGUCGUCCGGCGGGCGGAUCCUUAAGUGUGAUGCCGGCAAGGGCUCACCUGCACCAUGGCGACCGAGUGAGUGCCCCAUCAUCCAUUGACGUAUCCUCUUCUACACACCGAUGUGUGGGAUGACACGAGAACAGGGAGAUGACGCAUCCGCACGGGUGUGUAGUUUGUUGGCACGGCAUGUACAAUACACUUGGGCGAGAAGUUGCAGCUCACUACCGUCGGCGGCGGUUCACUUGCCAUGACGUAUUUUGGGUGGCAUAUGCGUACUGCAGUUUUGACUCUGCAUUCCAUUUCCACAUACGAAGGAUGCGCAUGGUUUAAAAAACCAUAGUGCACUCAUGUGGUUCUCUUUGUAUAAAACAAGAAAAAAGGGAAAACAUCGCGAGAAGUCGCUUCAUUUUGAAUGUAGUUCACUAGUAAAAAAAUCUGGAAACAAA